ACCUGUCCAUUAACUUAGAAUAUAAACCCACUGCACCAACUUGUCCACCAAUUCAGACACAUUUCAGUAGUCAUGCUCCACAUCACGGAUUUGGCACAAUCCUGGUUCUUCCCGGAUUUCGAUACCUCUUACGUGGAAUGGGACUACACAAAGAAUCAGACAAUCGAACCCUUCGCAUUUGAACGGGACUAUAUCGAUUUUCCUUCAUCGCGCAAGUUUUGGUGGAAAAACUCACGCCUUAUCAUCCAAAUUUCGGUCAUUUAUGUCCUCCUGGUUCAUAGCUUGGCCUGGUGGAUGAAGACAAGGAAACCUUUCGACCUAAGAAAAGAGUUGUUUGCGUGGAACGUCGCGCUAGCCUUGUUCUCCGUGGUUGGUUGUGUUCGGGUAUUUACAGAACUUUGGGACGUCUUGACCGGUCAGAAUGGGUUUCAUAGAUCUAUUUGCGUUAGGGACACGCUCAACAUUUCGACUGGAUUCUGGAAUGUGGCGAUACCCUUUUCCAAACUGGCCGAAUUUGUGGACACGACCUUUAUCGUGUUGAGGAAGAGGCCACUAACAUUUUUACAUGUUUACCACCAUGCCGUGACAUUCGUUCUUAGCGUCACUUGUACCGUACAGGGGGAACCGAUAGUACGAUAUUACGGAUCUGUUAACCUCAUGGUGCACACGUUCAUGUAUACUUACUUCGCGCUCUCGGCAAUUGAUUACAAACCAUCGCGGAAAUUUGCAAUGUGUCUCACGACUUUGCAAAUUCUUCAGUUUGUCACAAUGCUGGGAGCCCAUGGAUACGCGAUUAGUGUGAAAUUGACUGGACAACCCUGCGCGAUAUCUCGGGAAAGCUGUGUCGUUACAAGUAUCAUAGUUUUUUCAUAUCUGAUCCUAUUUUGUCAAGUAUUUUAUAAAAAUUAUUUGAACUCUGACCCCAAGCCGAGGGAAUCUAGAAUCCAAAAGGUUGAAUGACCUUAAUUUAUAAUUGAGGUAAGAUUUGACUUAUUAAAAAUUAGAUGUAAAAAUGCGCAAUACAAAUAUAUGUAAUUUUAGUUGAAUAACCAAUCCAAACAAAAAGUUUAGUCAGUAAAAUCAAUCCUUUUCAAAAUUA